CCUGCCGCACGCGUCGCUCCCCUCCCCCUUCCCGGACUCGGGGGGCUGCGAGCGAGCUGCCAUGUGAUGCGCAUCCCCUCCGCCUGCUCUCGGUGACCCCAGGACCGCCCACCACGCCGGCGGCCAGGAGGGGGCUGCGGGCUGGGAAGACGCGGGCAAGACCGGCGCAGGAGAACGAAAGUUCCCGGGAAGCUGUCGGCUUCAGGAAGUGAGGGUACCAGAACAAGAAGGACCUUCAGGAGCUGCUUCACACUGUGACAUGUCUGAUCCCUUGUGCCCGUCACUGCAGCAUGAACAAGGUGGAUGCUCACUGAUCUGUCACAAGGUUGCCUCGCUGAGCGUUGGGGUCCAUGUCUGAAUGGAUCGCUGUAGCCUUCACAUCUCUGCCUCCGCCCCGUUCCCGGCAUCCUAAGACUCGAAGCCAGGACAGGACCUGGGGAAAUUAUAUGGUUUGAACGGCAUGUCUGUGGAUGAGAAGCCUGACUCCCCCAUGUAUGUGUAUGAGUCCACAGUCCACUGUGCCAACAUCCUCCUCGGCCUCAAUGACCAACGGAAAAAGGACAUCCUCUGUGAUGUGACUCUCAUCGUGGAGAGGAAGGAGUUCCGAGCCCACCGGGCCGUGCUGGCCGCGUGCAGCGAAUACUUCUGGCAAGCCCUGGUUGGACAGACAAAAGAUGACCUGGUGGUCAGCUUGCCUGAAGAGGUCACGGCCAGGGGCUUUGGGCCACUGCUCCAGUUUGCCUACACUGCCAAGCUGUUACUCAGCAGAGAGAACAUCCGCGAGGUCAUCCGCUGUGCUGAGUUCCUACGCAUGCACAAUUUGGAGGACUCCUGCUUCAGCUUCCUGCAGACACAGCUCCUGAACAGCGAGGAUGGCCUGUUUGUGUGCCGGAAGGACAGCGCGUGCCAGCGCCCCCAAGAGGAUCAUGGGAACUCUGCAGGAGAAGAGGAGGAGGAGGAAGAGACGAUGGACUCAGAGACAGCGAAGAUGGCUUGCCCCACAGACCCCAUCAGCUUUGAGGCCGCUGCCAUUCCCGUAGCAGAGAAGGAAGCCUUGCUACCUGAGUCUGAGGUACCCACAGACACCAAGGAAAACUUAGAAAAGGAUGCAUUGACACAGUACCCUAGAUACAAGAAGUACCAGCUUGCAUGUACCAAGAAUGUCUACAGUGCGUCCUCACACAGUACCUCAGGGUUUGCAAACACGUUCAGUGAAGACAGCCCAGGCAAUAGCCUCAAACCAGGGCUCUCCAGGGGACAGAUUAAGAGUGAGCCACCCAGUGAAGAGACCGAGGAGGAGAGCGUCACACUCUGCCUGUCUGGAGAUGAAACUGACAUCAAAGACAGACCAGGGGAUGUUGAGAUGGACCGGAAACAGCCCAGCCCUACCCCUACCCCCAGUACCCCUACCGGAGCCACCUGCCUGGACAGAUCCAGGAGUGUGUCCUCACCUUCCUGUCUGCGGUCUCUGUUCAGUAUAGCAAAAGGUGUGGAGUCGUCUGGCCUGCCCGGUACAUCUCAGCAACACUUUGUCAGGAGUUCGGCGUGCCCUUUUAACAAGGGGAUCUCUCAGGGUGACCUUAAAACUGACUACACCCCUUUCACGGGGAAUUAUGGACAGCCCCACGUGGGCCAGAAGGAUGUGUCCAACUUCACAAUGGGGUCGCCGCUCAGGGGGCCUGGGACAGAGGCUCUCUGCAAACAGGAGGGAGAGCUGGACCGGAGGAGUGUCAUCUUCUCCUCGAGCACGUGUGACCAAGUGAGCGCUCCAGUGCAUUUGUAUUCUGGGGUGAGCAAUUUGGACAAAGACCUCUCCGAGCCGGUGCCAAAAAGUCUAUGGGUAGGAACUGGCCAGUCCCUCCCCAGCUCACAGGCCUACUCCCACAGCGGACUGAUGGCUGACCACUUGCCAGGCAGGAUACGGCCCAACACCAGCUGCCCGGUGCCAAUCAAAGUCUGUCCUCGCUCACCUCCACUAGAGACCAGAACCAGGACCUCCAGCUCCUGCUCCUCCUAUUCCUAUGCAGAGGAUGGGAGCGGGGGCUCCCCCUGCAGCCUCCCUCUCUGUGAGUUCUCCUCCUCACCCUGUUCCCAGGGAGCCAGAUUCCUUGCCACAGAACAUCAGGAACCGGGCCUGAUGGGAGAUGGCAUGUACAACCAAGUCCGACCCCAAAUUAAAUGUGAGCAGUCUUACGGAACCAAUUCCAGUGACGAAUCUGGAUCAUUCUCAGAAGCAGACAGUGAGUCGUGUCCUGUGCAGGACAGGGGCCAGGAGGUUAAACUUCCUUUUCCUGUAGAUCAGAUCACAGAUCUUCCCAGGAAUGACUUCCAGAUGAUGAUUAAGAUGCACAAGCUGACCUCAGAACAGUUGGAGUUCAUUCACGACAUCCGGAGGCGCAGCAAGAACCGCAUUGCCGCCCAGCGCUGUCGCAAGAGGAAGCUGGACUGCAUUCAGAAUUUAGAGUGUGAGAUUCGAAAGCUGGUGUGUGAAAAAGAGAAGCUGUUGUCAGAAAGGAACCAGCUGAAAGCGUGCAUGGGGGAGCUUCUGGACAACUUCUCCUGCCUGUCACAGGAGGUCUGCCGAGACAUCCAGAGCCCAGAGCAGAUCCAGGCCCUGCACCGAUACUGCCCUGUCCUCGUACCCAUGGAUCUCCCCGGAGCCAGUGUUAACCCCCCUCCUUUGGCGGUCGAGCAGAGCCUUGCACCCUCCCAGUGUGCAGUAGGAGGCAACGUACCCUGCUGCCUGGAGCCAGGGGCAACUGCACCUGGGCUCCCCUGGGUGCCCAGCAACACCUCUGAGAAUUGUACCUCUGGGAGGAGAUUGGAAGGCACUGACCCUGGGACCUUCUCGGAAAGAGGACCUCCUCUAGAAGCCAGGAGCCAGUCCGUGACCGUGGACUUCUGCCAGGAAAUGACUGAGAAGUGUACAACAGACGAACAGCCCAGGAAAGAUUACGCCUAGCCGGUACCGUCAGCCCAGUCCUCACACCUCUCCGGUCAGGCGUUCCUCUGCCAGCCAGUGGCGCUGUUCAUCUGUGUCUUGAAGGACCAAGAGCGAAUCUGGUGCACACUACAGCAGUCUUAGCAAUACUGUUCCGAAGUAUUCCCUCCUCUCCGUAAGCAGGAGUGCCGGUUACCUUCACAAUGGUGCUACCCCUUGCUCCGGCAAGGAAGACAGCAGUGCGGACACUGCCUGUCUGUGGGUUCAUUGCAGACUUCACAGGGAUAGACUACACCUCUAAGACCCAACCACGGAUUUUUUUUCUCAGUGGCCCAUGUCACAAACCCUAUCUCAGGAAUUUCUUCUGAAUGUUCAAUUUUUUUCAUUGAAGACAGCUUCUAUACACAUCAAAGUUUUAUAGCUAUACUGUACAUAUUAUAUAUAAUAUAUAUGAAAUAUAUAUCCAUAUGCAAAAGUCCUGCAUGCCUCAAUUUUCUCAUCCUAAAACUGGAAACUUCGUUUAUCAUUUACAAAAAACAGGUUCCAACAUUCCUCUUUUGUCUCUGACGCCAGAACUGGUUUUGUAACGGUCAACACGGUCAUUUUUCUUGCUUCACAGUUCAGUUUCAAUCUGUACUUAUUUACAGACAAAAUUCAAUGUUGGAAGCUUUUUCUCAAGGUUUAAUCUCAGACCUUUUACUUUUGUGGGUUUGGUUCCGACACCACCGAAUGGUGUCUCGUGAGCAUCGUGGGUCUGUUCUUUUCUCCUUGUGUUCUCUCUUGUUGUUACAGAUACUGUACAGCAAUGGCCAACUUUGCCACUUGCACUGAGUUUUGAGUCAAACCUAUUUUCUUAAAUGAAGUUGUAGCUUCAGUCUAACUCAAGUAUAUUGUAUAUUCUUUGCUUUUAGUUAAAAAGUAAAACGUUUUAGCUAAUUUAAAAAGCUCUCAGGUGAUAAUUAUGUAGGAAAAAAACAAUCUUGCCAAAUAAUGAACCCAUCCUAGGAUGUGUAGACAUCAAUCUGCUUGACUAUUUUUGUAGCUCACUUACUCCCCGCCUUCCCUAAGUAAAAAAAAGCUGAAGUGCAGAGAAAUCAGCGCUGACACUGGAUGUUCAGUUCCUACGUGGGGAGAGAAUGUGGAUGGCUCACUGGACUGAUAUCAAAAGAACAGGAUCCUGUGGCGUGGGAGAAUCCACAGGCAGAGGUGACGAGAAAGCCAAGGGAGACCCGCUUCCUUACCCAGGGAGGAAUCCCGUUCGUGUCGGCAUUUUGUUCUGGCCUCCACAUGCGUGUGUGCUCAGAAAUGUCCCCUUCUCUGAGGGGCACAGCUAACCAGCCAGCCUCCCUGCUUUCCUGCCCAGACCUGAGGGUAUUUGAAUCAUAGCCUCGGCCCCCUGAGUUAACUGAGCUCAGCAAGAGUAGGAAAGAACACGGCAGCAUCGAGCCUGAGAUCCACGCGGGCAGAGGCUAAGGCGCCCUUUUCCUUUUGUUCUUCGAAUGCUCCCUGUACCAUGAGGGUUUUGUCUCCCCCCACAGCCCGUCCCCUGUCUGAAAGUCCGCUUCAUUCAAGGCAUUGAACAGACACCCCUAGGAGCCCUCUGCCCACCUCCAAAACCCUCUCCUCCACACACACCUUUUCCUCCCCCAGAUAACAGUCUGCUUCCCUUGCUAAAAAUUAGUUGGCUUGCAAACCUAGAGAGCAGCUUCCUUGGCACUAAGGUAUCCUGGCCCAAGCCAUGUUUAUGGAAUGCGUGCUCCAAGGAGGCGUCAGCUCCCUCCUCCCAGUGGUCUCUUUCUUCUCUCGCUCCGUAGCCUGGAGACCGCUCCAGCUGUGCGAAGUUGUCCAGAAAACUGAUGUUGGGAUAGGGGUAGAGGGUCGUAGGGGGUAGACAGUUGGUUGACUUUGUUUCCUCAUCUGUGCCAUUGUUCUUGGACAAUAUUAAAGCUGCAUGCGAAAGGGAAAGUUGGUGUAUGGCUAGUAGGCAAAGGUAAAACCCUAGCAACAUAUGUUCUAGUAUUUUUAGCUUCUUUCUGUACCAGUAGUAGUGCUAAAUGUUUAGAUAUGUACGAAUGCCAGAAGUUGUUGGUUCAUGCAGUAGAAUUUAAGGAGGAAAUGACUGCUUUUAAAAUAGGUCCAUUUUGAAAACCUGCCUCUGAGUUUCGAGUGUGUGUGUGUGUGUGUGUGUGUGUGUACAGAUUUUCAUACAGCUGGGCUGGAACUGCCAUCCUCAUUACACCGUUGGCAUUUCUUGGUCUAGUCCAACGGUUCCCUACUUCACCAGGAGGCCGGCCUUGGUGAAAAGCUGGUAAAGCUGGCAUUUAACCUAAUGUGAAUCACGUGAUGCCCACAGCUGCCUAUGACCAUGCAGGAGUCAGCAGACAGUAUUUUUUUUUUUCUCUUAACUCUCUGAUUGCCUUUUGAAGUGACCUCUUCUAAAGAUAAACGCAAAGGCUUGUUUUCUGCUCGGGCCAUCAGCAGCGCAGAACAGCCUCUCAGCUUGUUUUGUGCUAUCCCAGCUCCUGUGCCACAUUCCACAGUUUACCCCAAGUUUCUGUGUCACCAGUAGCUCAGCCCUGUGUGGUGGUUGUUCCUAGGGUGGAGGCUGGGGGUCAGGUCUCCUGAUUUCUCUCUGCCCUAACCCAGCUCUCUUCUCCUUCUCCGUCAUUUUUUCCCUUCUUCUUCCACCCAAUCUCUGCCAUGGGAACUAGUUUUUAAAACGGCUAUUACGUUGGUAUUUUUAACAAAUGAUCUCAUUCAGUACCCACCAGGAAUGGCAGCUGACUGUGUGUAAUUGCUCAUGGGACAUAUCUGUCCGUUACUGUUCCAAACCAUUGCUUAUCAAAAUUGUACCUGGGUUGACUCAAAGGGAAGGCUCACUGGGGACCAGAAUCUAAAUUCUUCAAGUAGAAUUCAGAAACCCCCAAUCUGUCCUUCCCUGGGAUCCCUCAGUCAGUCUUGUUCUCUCUAUAGAAAAGAGAAGGGACAAGAACAGAGGAGAGUGUUUGCAUAUUAAGGGGACAUUUAGUUGCAUGUUUGUAGGUCUUUUCUUUCAAAGACAUAGGACACUCCAAUCACAGGCUGUAUAGGAGGGUCACAGUGACAGCCUGGUUGGGUUUCCCUGAGGCUGAGGGGUGAAUGUGAAGGUCCAGGGCUGGCACAGGUGACGCUAAGACUGACAGAAUCCUUCCCAGAUGCAGCCCUUCCUUGGAGCAGCCUUUGUCCCUGUCAGGUUGCCCAGGCUGUAGGCAGGUGUGUGCUUUGCCGUGUGUGUUUGUUUCUCUGCGUUAUCUGGGGGUGCCUUGAAUAAGGUCGAAACUUCAUGACUUCCUGAUUCUGGAACAAAGCAGUUAUAAAAAAAAAUUCUUUUAAAAGUUGGCGAAGUUACUAGGCCAUCCUGCUACUUCUCUCCCAGGUUCCCUAACAAUGACUCAGGCGUCAGGGGUGAUGCUGCAGUAGAAAAACGUUAUUUUUUAUGUCAUACAAGUAAUUUAUUUGCUAUCUCUCUCAAGGUAUGCUGCUUCUUAACAUGCACUAUAAUUCUGGAUGUAAUCCUUUUCCCAACAAAGGUUUAAGAUGGCUAGUGACUAGUGUACUAACUGCCCCUUCUCCUGGAAGGAGCUCCAGGGCGUGGAGGACUGGCUGAAGCCUCCACUUGUGCUCUAAUAGCUUAGGGUUUGCCACUAAAGAAGAAAAGAUGAAGCAUACAAAGGUUUGAAAGUAUAAACCUUUUCAGAAAUUGCCCAGUCUUGCCCCAGGGGCUGCUCUGCAGCCAAUGGAAUCACAGAGUCCUCCCAAAUGAGUCAGUCUGUAAAGCUUCAAGUCUGUCCUUGAUUGCAUAUUUCUGGUGGCCCACUUAAACCAGGAGCUGUUGAUCGAUGACUCCAAACUGCUCCGCUGUUGCCGACAAUGGAGGGGGACUCUCAGAUCUAGACGAGAGCAAGAAUCAAGGUUUCUCCUCAGACCUCUCUCUCUCCCUCCUCAACACCCCCACCACACACACACACACACACACACACACACACACACACACACACACAGAGCAGACUAAAGUAAAGGAUUAUUUUGAAAGAAUAAAGCUCUUUGUUGUAUCAUGAGUUUGUAUUUACUUGAGGAUUUUGUUGCAGAUUCCAUUUCUGGUGAGUCAGUCCGCAAAUGCCUUGUAGGGUUGGUAUUCAUAAAGGAAGUCUGUGCAUGGAGUUAUUUUGUGUUCAAAAUGUAUAAUACUGCCCGAGCCAUCUCAUGACCCAAGUGUCAAAGACUGAUGCUGUAGCAUAGGAUAUAUUUGUGCAUAAAUAGUGUGUGCAAAUAGUACUUGUACAUUGAAGAGACUUGUCGUAGCAGAUCAAAGGUAAAUUAUUCAACUGAUGGUGCAAAAACAUUACUUGCAAAGUAAUUGUAUAGUAUUUUCCUACACUCCACCCUGGGAGAUCAUAUUUAUAACAAGUGAAUUAUUAGUGCAUUUUAAUUGUAAUAUGAAAUGAUGCUGCCAUUUUGUGAAGAAUACCCACUUGGUUGCAGAGGCCAACUUUUAUAGCUUUGGUUUGAUGUCGUGGCAUGGUGUAUGCAUUUCUCUAUCAAGCGAUGGAUAAACUCUUGGCUUUCAUUUUCAUUCCAGUUUAUUGACCUCAGAUAAAACAAUGGCUAUUCAUGGAAGUGUAUCAAGACCACUCGUUUCAGGUAGACUCACACUCAGUGCCAAACGCUCCCGUGGGAAUAAUCAAACAUAUAUCAGGAAAAAGUGAAGGGACUUGGACAAAAAUGGGUUUUCCUACAGAUGGGUGCUAAAUCUUCUACCAAACAUGUCUCUGGGGGCAAAGAGUUGGCCUCCCCUUGGGUCCUGACCAUGUAUUUUGGCUGUGGCAAUGCUGGGAUGCCCAUUCACACUCUGACACAAGAGCCUGGCACUUGUAAUUAAUUUAUCAGGAAGAUUGCAGAUGCAUUUGGGAGCUUCGGGUACUCAUUAGACACGGUGAGCCAUUCAAGGCAAGAGGGCCUGUGGGAAUUUGUUCCAGAACCAGUCUGAUGCAAGUGCACCUCUGAUAUAUGCCUUACGAACUCCAGAGGCCAUAUGCAAAACAGGGUCUUCUCAGUGUAUGCAAGGGGCUGCAGCCCCUCCUCUCCUCCUCCCCAGCUCAAACAAUACGGACAGUUUUCACACAUAUCUACCUGUAUAACCCUCCGUACCUCUCAUAACUGGUCAACGACUGUAACAGGUUACAUCAGGUGUUUUUCUACAUAACUUUUUACACAGAUUCUAUGCGAUUAAUGUAACUUAAUUCAACGCAUCAUUUUAUUGUACAAGUUCUUACGCUUGGCCUUAUUUUUUCCUAAGUGAUUGUGGUUUUUCUUGUGGUUUUUCUUGUAAAGAUAUUGAGAUGGCUGUUGAUGCUUAUUCUCUGUAACUAAGAAUUUUUACCUUUUUGGGGAAAAGCAUUGCUAUGGAUUAAUGAAUUGAGACUUCAUUUACUCGUUGUAAAUACACACUAUUGUGCAAAAAAAAAUCACUCAGUUGAAUUGCUAGUGUUAACUGAAUUUUGUCUAGACGCCAUUUCUGUUGAUGAAAUAAAGACAUAUCAUUCUGCAUUGUAAAA